CACACUGAUACACUUUUGAUCAUAUGUUUUAAUUUCGUUUGAGCAAGUGCACGUUAGCUGUAGUUGUUGCCGUCAGUGAUAUUAUUCAAUACGUUUGGCACAAACAAAGUGUAAUACUCACUACAAAAACUCAAAUGAAGGGUCCAAGGAGUCUCCUGAGCCUGCUGGCAAGUGGAGCACAGCAAAGUCUACGUCACGCUCACGGUCAAAGUUCAGCAAAUAACUUGAAGGCGCUCACAAAACAUUACGAGGAAGUGAGCAUCCCGGUGCCCUGGGGCCACAUUGCAGGCAAAUGGUAUGGCCCGAAGCAUGUUCGUCCCAUUCUGGGCAUGCACGGCUGGCAGGACAAUGCUGGAACAUUCGAUACUCUCGCCCCGCUGCUACCCAAUCACCUGCCAUUGCUCAGCAUCGAUGCCCCAGGCCAUGGAUUAUCGUCAUGGAUGCCCAAUGGCGUUAUGUAUCACUCCAUUGAUUAUGUGCAUCUGGUUCUGCGAAUAAUGGAGGAGUACAAUUGGGACAAAGUCUCCAUAUUGGGUCACUCGAUGAGCUCAAUUAACGGAUUUGUAUUUGGCGCACUGUUUCCUGAGAAACUCGAUAUGUUUGUGGGCCUCGAUGUGCUCAAGCCGCCCGUACGCAACGCAAAACAAAUUGUGAAUGCACUGUCCGAUCGUCUAGAGAGUUCGUUGAAACUGGAAAGGCGUAUGCGCAACGGCGGCGAACCGCCGUCAUACGAGUGGGAUCAGCUUGUGGAGCGACUUCAUCAGGGCUCCAACAAGUCGGUCGAUAUAGAGGCUUGCAAGUACCUGUUGCAGCGCAAUGUUAAACCCUCGAGUCACGAGCCGCACAAGUAUUACUUUUCGCGAGACAAUCGACUGAAGACGUCACAGUUCUACACUCUCUCACUUGAAGUUGUGCUGGAGAUGGCCACACGCAUCAAGGCGCCGCAUCUGUUUAUCAAAGCUCUGCAGGCUCCAUACUACGAGGAUAAGAAAUACUACGAUGCAACAAUGGAGGUGCUGCGCAAGAAUCCGCUGUUCGAGUAUCAAGAAGUCGAGGGAUCGCAUCAUGUACAUCUCAAUGAGCCCGAGAAGGUGGCGCAUAUUAUCAAUUCGUUUAUUAACCGAUGCAGACCCUUAUGAGAAUGUGAAGAAUCCUUACUCAACUCAUCUCCCAACACUGUACAAACUUAACCCUCCCUUAGCUAAGCUAUUGUUUGAUAUUUAAAUGUUUGACUAAUGAUAUUUGUGGCCACAAGACGAACGAAUUUAGACGAUAAGAGUAAUAAAAACGAAACACAACAUGUUGAUUCUAUUUAAGUUUAAUUACCGUUUGAUACUGGCAAUAACAUUAAUGUUAGGAUAAAAUUGCAAACAUUGAAAACUUUUGCGAGUUAGUUUUGUAUGUUUGGAAUUAGCGCCGUAACUAAAAUUAACCAAUAAUAAUAAUAGUAAAAUACUACGCACACAAUGCUCUGAAUAAACAUUUCUUGGAUCAUUAUCAUCAUCAAAUUCGUAAUGUUCAUUGUGCGUCGUCCGUUUAUUCAGAAUGUAAAAUGUACAGAACAAUUUAAAAGAAAUUGUUAACCAUGUGGAAAAUUGACGAUCUACGAUUUUGGGGAAUCUUGAGCUGUGCACGGCACAAUCGAGUAGAUCGUCAAUAUUUCUCCAUAUCUUACAACAUAAAAUUAAACAAUUUUUAAAAAUAAAUUAAAUUAUGCAUGCGUAGUUUACAAUUAGCUAAUAUCUAAUAUGAUGCAUUCUUACUUAAAUGUAUAUAUGUAUAUAAUAUAUAUAUUUUUAUAUCAUUUGUAUCAGUUUUUGUGUCUCAAAUCAGCAAAUCUUUACAUUUAAGAAUAUGAUGAAAUAAAAAAAAUAUUCUGCCGAUUUGUAACAUAUACUUAAUAUAAUUUCUAUUUAUAUAUACUUGUAUAUAAUUGUUAAUUAUGUUUUUUUUUUCGUUUUGCAUGGUUGCUUUUCAUGUUCUUGUUAAUAUUAUGUAAAUGUGUAUAUCAAGCGUAAUAGCAAUUGCUUCAGUUUCGCAUGGAUUUGUUUGCGUUAAUGAGUGUGUUUUGGUUUUUCAUUUUCUUUUUUUCAGAUUCAAAUUGUUUAUAGAAAAAUAUACAUAUACGUUAAAUAAUUAUAUAUACAUAUACUAUAUGGUAUAUAUAUAUAUAUAAAUAUAUAGGUGUUAAUAUAUACUCUGCUAAACUACUAGACAUACAACUAUAUAUGCGUCUUAUGCCCAGCAUUGUUGUGCAGUCACCAAAGUUUGAGGACUGCUCAACAAUCUCGGGUCUGAGCUCUUUAAACAUUGUAAUAAAACAACAACUAGUUUCUAGACUAAAAAUAAAUACAAUAAAUAAGUUUUUACUUAAAAAGAAAAUGCUUUUCAACAUUUAGCAAAUCGAGAUUCACUCGCUGUUGAACUAUUUACAAUUUCAUUUUGUUUUGGAGUGCAUUGGAAAGCGUUGCCUAAGCCACCGGCGAGGAAUCGCCUUUCAUGU